AUGCGAAGAAAUAACAUGAAUCGUACUCUAAAAUUCGUGUUGGCCGUGGCGUGCGCGUGUGCGCUCGUUAUUGCGACGACGACGAUUUAUAUUCCUCGCGCUUCCGCGGUUGGCGACACCGCGGUUGGCGACACCGUCGCCUCGGGGACAGCCGCUUCAUCCGUCGCCUCAGGGACAGCCGCUUCAUCGAGGAAACUCUUGACCGCCCCUGUCGGUCCCGCAGGAGUGAUUCUUAACGCUAUCAUUCAGCCAACGACCUUCUUACGCGUCGCACUGCUCAUUCUUCGCAACUCGGUGAACAAUAACGGUGGAAUGGUGGAGGAAUUUCUGCAAAUGAUCUUGACGACUGAUCUGGGUUUCACCAAAUUCACCAACGUGUUCGCGAGCUUCGCGUCGGGGGUGAUUCAGGAUUUCAGCUCUGGUGUCACCACGGACACCGUACUCGCGCAAGAGUGGGUCAUCGAUGGAUCUUCGACGCUCGAUAACACCGUGUUCAGCGAAUUCUUUGCGGGCGGCGCGUUCGGCGGUGAGUAUGCGAUGCGACGAUGCGAUUUCGACGACUGA